GUUCGGGGAGCGGCGGGGGGCUGGGGGGGGGUGGACAGCCACAUUCCCCCUCAUCUCCACCAUCUCUGUGCCGGGAAACGGGGGUUUCAGGGGCUGGGGCCUGGCCUGGGGGCUGUGCGCGUCGGGAGAACCGGGCUGGGCCUUGCUCUUGGUUUCUCCCUCGGCUGAGUGGUGAGGCCGGCAGAGGUGUUCCUGCCUUCCCAGGUACGGCUCCAGGCUGAGAGCUUUCCGGGUCUUAGGCCGCGUUCAGUGCGGAGGCUGCAUGUCCCUGCCGGAGUGGCACAUCGCGGUGAAGCUGGCGGAUCAGCCACUGGCUCCCAAAUCCAUCUUACGGUUGCCGGAGACGGAGCUGGGAGAAUGCCCGCUCGGUGGGUGCAGCAUCUCCUACCUCAAGCAGCUUAUCACCGGCAAACUGCAGGAGUCCGUCCCAGACCCUGAGCUCAUCGAUCUGAUCUAUUGUGGCCGUAAGCUGAGGGAUGACCAGACGCUUGAUUUUUAUGGCAUCCAGUCUGGCUCCACUGUUCAUGUCCUGCGCAAGUCCUGGCCUGAGCCUGACCAGAAACCAGAGCCUGUGGAUAAGGUGGCAGCAGUACGAGAGUUCCGGGUCCUUCACACUGCGCUGCACAGCAGUCCUGCCUACAGGGAUGCAGUCUUCAAAAUGCUGGGGAACAAGGAGUCACUGGAUCAGAUCAUCGUAGCUACUCCCGGCCUCAGCAGUGACCCUAUUGCUUUGGGAGUCCUACAGGACAAGGAUCUCUUUUCAGUGUUUGCAGACCCCAACAUGCUGGACACGCUGAUCCCAGCCCACCCCGCGCUUGUGAAUGCCAUUGUCCUUGUUCUGCACUCAGUGGCUGGCAGCACCCCGCUCCCAGCCCCAGAGACAUCCUCCCGAGGCAUGUCCUCUGGCUCCUACCGCGACAUGCCAGGUGGCUUUCUCUUUGAAGGUCUCUCUGAUGAUGAAGAUGACUUCCACCAGAGCACAAGAUCUACACCAUCCAGCAGCACUUCUGGUUCCCGCCCAGCUUCCCUUGGCUACGCUGGGGCUGCUGGACCCCGUCCCAUCACCCAGAGCGAGCUGGCGACCGCCCUGGCACUGGCGAGCACCCCUGAGAGCAGCUCCCACACGCCCACCCCUGGCACCCAGGGUCAUUCCUCUGGGACCUCCCCCAUGUCCUCCAGUGUCCAGUCAGGAACACCCAUCACCAACGACCUCUUCAGCCAGGCCUUACAGCAUGCCCUGCAGGCCUCAGGGCAGCCCAGCCUGCAGAGCCAGUGGCAACCACAGCUUCAGCAGCUGCGAGACAUGGGCAUACACGAUGAUGAGCUAAGUCUCCGGGCCCUGCAAGCCACUGGAGGGGACAUUCAGGCUGCCCUGGAGCUCAUCUUUGCUGGUGGGGCUCCCUAGCUUUUUGGACAGGAGAAGCUGGACUGGUGGGCAGCGUGCUCCUGUUUGAGAGCCCUGCCCGUGCUGAGGGCAGCUCCUCCAGCUCCAGAUUCCUCUCUCCAGCCUCCUCCUCCUGGCCACCAGUGACAAGACCUCAGAACUUUGUCCAGCAUGGAAAAAGAGGUGGCUGUGUGUGUUGGGGAGAUGUGGCACCUACGGUUCCGCAGUCUUAGAUCUGUCAACACGUUCUCCUGCCUGUUGUUUCAUUCCUGCCCAGCUGACAUGCCUCAGUCUAGUUUGUUUUGGUGUUGUGGUCCCUCUGUGUUUGACUGUAUUAAAUGGACUGUAUUCACUUG